CGAGAAGUCGAUGCAAUCAAACAGUUUUUCAAAUCCAACCAGCAAUGAAAUUCUUCGCCGUUCUCAUCGUAGCCUCCUUGGCCGUCGCCGCUUACGGCCUGUCCGAAGAGGAGAAGACCAAACUGAAGGGAUUCUCGCAGGAGUGCAAGACGCAAACCGGCGUCAACGUUGAGCACGUCGAGAAGAUGAAGCAGAAGGUCUUCGUCCAAGGCGACGAUAAGUUCUACGACUACUGCAUGUGCAUGAUGAAGAAGAUCAAGUUCAUCACCGAGGACGGAUCCGUCGAUGUUGACCACAUCAAGACGAAGAUCCCAGCUGGCGACGAUAAGGCUAAGGCCGAGACCGUCAUCAACGAUUGCUCGAAGGUUGGAGAGGGCAAGAACAAGGCCUGGUCUUUGGCCAAAUGCUUGGCCGAGUCCAAAUACAAGAUCACCAUUGAAUCCCUUUAAAUUAUAAUUACCUAAUAAUCAAUAAACGCAUCACACACAGA